GAGCCCUUGCGGCGGGGCGGUCGCGGCCAUGCUGGCGGCGCGGGGCGCGGUGCGGCGGGGCCGCCUGCCCGCGGGGGCCGGGCCGGUGCGGCUGCGCUCCCCCCCGCGCACCGUGGACCUGCGGAGCGACACGGUGACCCGGCCCUGCGCGGGGAUGCGCCGCGCCAUGGCCUGCGCCAUCGUGGGCGACGACGACUACGGGGAAGACCCAACGGUCAAUGAGCUGCAGCGCCUGGCCGCAGGGAUCCUGGGGAUGGAGGAGGCUCUUUUUGUGCCCACGGCCACGAUGGCGAACCUCAUCGCCGUGAUGUGCCACUGCCAGCGCAGGGGGGGGCAGCUGCUCCUGGGCCGGGCCGCGCACCUGCACGUCUACGAGCACGGCGGGGCCGCGCAGGUCGCUGGUGUCCAUUCCCAGGUGCUGCCGGACCUGCCAGAUGGCACCUUCGACCUGGAGCAGCUGGAGCUGCUCAUCCGCGAGGCCCACGGCAGCCGGUACCACCCGCGCCCCGAGCUCAUCUGCCUGGAGAACACGCACAGCACGGCGGGGGGCCGGGUGCUGCCUCUCCCCUACCUGCAGCAGGUCCGCGGGCUCGCUGACCGCUACGGGCUGCAGGUGCACAUGGACGGGGCACGGCUCAUGAACGCGGCGGUGGCCCAGGGUGUGAAGCCGGCUCAGAUCACCCAGUACUGCGACUCCGUAUCCCUGUGCUUCUCCAAGGGCCUGGGCGCCCCGGCCGGCGCGGUGCUGGCUGGACGCCGCGGGUUUGUCGCCGAGGCCUGGCGCGCGCGGAAGCUGCUGGGCGGGGGGCUGCGGCAGGCGGGCGUGCUGGCAGCCGCUGCCCGCGUCGGGCUGCAGCAAGCGGAUGAGACGCUGCGCAGAGACCACGACAACGCCCGGCGCUUCGCUGAAGGCAUCUGGGAGCUGAACUCGCCCCUCUGCUCCAUCAGCCUUGCGGCGGUGGAGACCAACAUCGUGAUGAUGAACACCGGGGGGGGCUGGCUGUCCCCCCCAGAGCUCUGCGAGCACCUGCGGGCCGUGAGUGAGGAGGAGGUGGCCGAGACCGGCCAGGCUGUCAGUGUCCUGGUGUUCCCCUGGUCCGCGCACACCGUGCGUGCCACGUGGCACCGCGACGUCUCGGCCCAUGACACCGAGCUUGCGAAGAACAAGCUGGCGUUUGUGGCCAGGAAGUGGCAGGAGAAGCUGGACCUGGGGCUGCGCCCGACCCCUCCAGGCGCAGGGGGAGCCUGAGCCUCCCGCAGCCCGGGGCGGCCGCUGGGAGCCUGGGGAGUCCCGGCCUGUCCCGGCAGCCAAGGGCUGGGACCAGCCCUGCGAGCUCCCGGCGCGUUCCCGCCUGGCUGCAGCGCAGCGUGCAGCCCCGGGGGAGCCCAGCCCAGCCCCCGGCGAGACCCCCACACCUCCCAGCAGGGACAGGGGACCCCACAUCUCACACCGCCGCCCAGGCCCUCGGUGGCAGCGUCACCCGGCAAACCGCCCGAGCACCCUCUAGUCCUGUGCAGGAGCUUCAUGUACAGUGGCGCUGCUGGGGACACAGAUCCCAAGAGCUGGUCAGGGCACCAAAUAAAGGUGUGCGGGCAGUG